GAGCUGGAAGCGGCCCUCCAUCGCGAUGACGUGGGGUUCAUCAGUGACCUGAUCGCCUGCCUGCUCCAGGGCUGUUACCAGCGGAGGGACAUCACGCCUCAGACGUUCCACAGCUACCUAGAAGACAUCAUCAACUACCGCUGGGAGCUGGAGGAGGGGAAGCCCAACCCCCUGAGGGAGGCCAGUUUCCAGGAGCUGCCGCUCCGCACGCGCGUGGAGAUCCUGCACCGGCUCUGCGACUACCGGCUGGACGCCGACGACGUCUUCGACCUCCUCAAGGGCCUGGAUGCAGACAGCCUCCGCGUGGAGCCUCUGGGCGAGGACAACUCCGGGGCGCUCUACUGGUAUUUCUACGGGACGCGGAUGUACAAAGAGGACCCUGUGCAAGGGAAGUCCAGCGGGGAGCUGUCCACAAGCAGGGAAAGCGAAGGCCAGAGACAUGUCUCCGGCGUUCCUGGGAAAACAGGGAAAAGAAGAGGGAGGCCCCCGAAGCGGAAGCGGAUACAGGAGGAGAUUGCUGCAAGUGAAAAGCAAGAAGAAAACUCAUUGGCAUCUGAGCCACAGGCAAGAAAUGGUUCCCAGGGCCCGGGCCAAGGCACUUGGUGGCUCCUGUGCCAGACGGAAGAGGAGUGGAGACAGGUCACCGAGAGCUUCCGAGAGAGGACCUCCCUUCGGGAGCGGCAGCUGUACAAGCUGCUCAGCGAGGACUUCCUGCCCGAGAUCUGCAACAUGAUCGCCCAGAAGGAGACCCCCGUGCUUACCAGAAUCGAAAAGCAGAAGCGCAAGGAGGAGGAGGAGGAACGGCAGAUCCUGCUGGCCGUGCAGAAGAAGGAGCAGGAGCAGAUGCUCAGAGAAGAGCGGAAGCGGGAGCUGGAGGAGAAGGUCAAGGCCGUGGAAGAUCGUGCCAAGAGGAGGAAGCUCAGGGAAGAGAGGGCGUGGCUGCUGGCCCAAGGGAAGGAGCUCCCCCCGGAACUUUCCCACCUUGAGCCCACCUCCCCCAUGAGGGACGAGAAGAAGCCCAAGGACCUCUUCGAGCUGGAUGACGAGUUCACCGCCAUGUACAAAGUUCUCGACGUCGUGAAGGCUCACAAGGAUUCCUGGCCCUUUUUGGAACCUGUGGAUGAAUCCUACGCCCCCAACUAUUACCAGAUUAUUAAGGUCCCCAUGGAUAUUUCAAGCAUGGAGAAGAAACUCAACGGAGGCUUAUAUUGUACCAAGGAGGAAUUUGUAAGUGACAUGAAGACUAUGUUCAGGAACUGUCGGAAAUACAACGGGGACAAUAGCGAAUAUACCAAGAUGUCUGAUAAUUUAGAGAGGUGUUUCCACCGGGCGAUGAGGAAACAUUUCCCUGGGGAGGACGGCGACACGGAUGAGGAGUUCUGGAUCAGAGAAGAUGACAGGCGGGAGAAAAGACGCAGUCGGGCCGGGCGAAGUGGCGGAGGCCAUGUGUGGACCCGCUCCAGGGACUCUGAUGGACCCAGCAGGAAACAACCUGUGGAGAACGGGGGAAAGGCCUUGCCUCCCACCCGCCGUGCACCCUCCUCCAGAGGUCCCAGCACCGGCCCCGCACAGCCCCUCCGCGAGGUGGGCACCGCCAACGGCCGAGGCUUUCCCCGGCCCCUGCACUGCGGCGGGAUGCCUGGCCAGGCCCCCCUUCUGAACCCAAUGCGGCCAGCAGUGCCAGGGCCCUUUGGCGCUCUGCGAGGAUCAGAUCCUGCCAGUCUCUGUGGCUCCUCCAGAGUGCUAGUGCCAGAGCCGCACCCAGGAGAGCCCGGGCCGCCGCCGCCUCCGCCUUUUGCCAUGCAGCCUCCAGUGGGAACGAAUAGCAACCGCGGACCCAGGCUGGGCACCCCCGAGGAGAAGCCGCUGUGUGGGGGCUGGACGCACCUCCCCAACGCGGGCUCGCACCCUGGGUCCUUGCAGCUUGGGCAGACCAGCAGUCCCAGUCAGGAGAGGAGCAUGUACACCCCCACCCAGUUCCAGCCAGGAUUCAUUCCUACCAGGCACAGCGGGACCCCAGCCCGGCCCCCAGACUUUUCUGAAAGCUCCGAAGUCCCCCCCAGCCACAUGUACCGCUCCUACAAGUACCUGAACCGGGUACACUCUGCCAUCUGGAAUGGCAGCCACGGUGCUGCAAGCCCAAGGCCCUUGGGGCCGGAGGAGAAGCCCCCCCUGGGGCCAGGACCCUCACACCAGCCUCAUACUCUGGGUCACGUGAUGGACCCACGUGUGAUUAGACCACCCAUCCCCCCAAACCAGUGGACUGAACAAUCAAGCUUUCUACCUCAUGGCGUUCCUUCCUCAGGGUACAUGCGGCCACCCUGUAAGCCUGCCGGGCAUCGGGUGCAGCCGCCGCUGGCUCCGGCCCCGAGUUCCCUGUUUGGUGUUCCUGCCCAGGCUCUGCGUGGGGUGCCCGGAGGGGACUCCAUGAUGGACAGCCCUGAAAUGAUCGCCAUGCAGCAGCUGUCCUCCCGGGUCUGCACACCCGGUGUGCCUUACCACCCCCGCCAGCCCGCACCCCACCACGCACCCGGCCCCUUCUCCCAGGCCACCCCUUCCACGUCAGGAAGCAUGUCGGCCCCCAGGUCUGCCUUGGGCACUGCUGUCCAGCCACAGGAGAACAGCGAAACACAGGACCCUGCGAGUGACCGAGCAGAGCCCUUGUCUGGGCUCGAAGAGAAGCCGACGAGCGCCGGGGCGUCGGAAGGGCUGUACCUCAAGCAACUACCUCACCCCGCCCCGCCUCUGCCUGACCGGCCCAGGCAGAGCUCCCCGCAGGUGCAGGAUGCGGAGGGCCCAGAGCCCGCGGGCGAGUGCGCUGACGGCUGUAAUGCGCCCAAGGGCCAGGGCGCCUGGGCCCCGGACCCCGGCUACGGCCCUGCCGCCCACCCCGAGAACGGAGCCCUGGGCCGGGCCUCCCCCUGCACCGAGACCAAGAGCCUGGGAAGUGGGGGCACUGAGACGCCGCUCUGUCCCCGGGCCAAAGUGCCGCCCGACCCGUGCGCGGGCCAGAGCUCAGCCACGCCUGCGGGGGCCGUGGGCCAGCUCCCCGUGUUCGUGCCCGGCCUGGAGUACCCGAGCGCCCCGCACUACCUCCUCGGCCCCGGCCUGCAGGGCCUGGGCCCCAUGAGCAGCCGGAAAACCCCUGCGGCGCCUCCGCAGCAUUUUGCCCCCAGGGGUUUGCAGCCCCGUAGCCCGCACGCCCACACGCAUGCGCACCCGCACGCCGGGGUCUUCCCCCGCUACCGCGCGCACCAGGGCGUGCGCUACUCCUACCAGCCGGCCUCCUACCAGCCCUACCCGCGGACUCCCUACUACUCCUGCCCGCACUGACUGCUGCCUUAACCUCCCCCGCCCGCAUGGACGCCGCCGCGCAGGGCGUCCCCGACCGGCAGGACGCGGUCCCCGAGGAAGGGAAGCUGGAUGACUCCCUGGAGCGGCCCGACCGCAAGGCGGCGACGCGGCGGGAGGGCGCGCUGCCGGCCGACGAGUACCUGUACGGCGCGCCCGCCUUGGGUGCAGGCCUGGCCUUCGGGCCCUCCGCCUUCCCGCCCCACGGGGUCAUGCUGCAGACCGGGCCCCCCUACACGCCGCGGCCGGCCGGCCACUUCCCGCCCAGGGCUUACUCCUCCCCGGUGGCCGCUCCCCACCACCCCGCAGCGCAGCCCAACGGCCUCUCCCCGGAGGGGCCUGUCUACCGCUGCCAGGAGGAGGGCCUGGGGCACUUUCAGGCCGUGAUGAUGGGGCAGAUGGGCCCGGGCGGCGCCGUGAGAGGUCCUUUCCAGGACGCCUACAGACCAGCCGGAGUGCAGAUCCAUCCAGUACCGUCCUUCCCAAAGACCCCGGCACCAACAACGGCACAGGAAGAGCUGCCGCCACCUAAGCCCCCAACACUUCCUCUAGACCAGAGCUAGUCCGAGGAGGGGAGAAUCCCCACAGAAGUGGAAAGCUGCACGUGGAGAAUGGAUCGCGGGGAGCCUGGGGGCACUCCUGCCCGUCUCCACUCCCUUCACCCCGCUCCGCCCCCACCACAUGGCCAGCACAGGAGCCGCCACGAGCCCGAAGCACCCCCACAGAUGACGGACACGCAGCUGGCAGAGUCCCGGGGAGGGGCCUCUCACAGAGCCAGCAGGAUGGAUACGCGAGCCCGGGGACCUGGGCGGUUGUUCCCAUCUCAAGACUCCUGUUCAGGGACAGCCACAUUGAACUUGGGGAGGGUGCGCUAAGGAUGGAGUGGUGCUCUAACUCGCACGAGCAGCUAAACUCAGGUACCUGUUCGGGGAAGGACUACGCGUAGUAUUGAUGUUUUGGAGCUGGGUCCAGUUUACAGAAUUUUCAUGUUGCCUUUUAAAAUACUUUGGUUGGUGGUGAAUGUAUGUAUGUGAUGUGGGGUGGGAGGCCUCGCUGGUGGGCUUGCAGCACUGGAGGGUCUUCUCUGUUUACAAUCAUGUCACACUGAAUACUGGGGACUGAGGCUCGGGCUGUGAGCCGUCACCGACUGCCUCCUUGGUGGCCCACUGGCCGGCAGCAGCACCAGGCCUCCCUGCAGCCAGCCUACGAGGGCGCGGUCGUGGUCCUGUCUGCCCCAGCCGGCAGGGGCUCAGUCCUGAGAGCACAUGCUCGCACACGCCCUCCCAGAAGCUCCAGCCCAGAGGCGGGCUGCAGGCACCCUGGGGGCCUGAGUCCUGGGCUCCGGAAGGUGGUCCCUUGCUGGGAGUGCCGCCAUGCAGUCCAGAACGCUGUAAACCCAGCACCAGGGAUUAGGGGCACUGGGGCGUUUCACUUGGUAGAAGGUAAGGUCAAGGUCCUCCUCACAGGCCUGUCCGACUGUGACCUGGAAGGCAGCACGGCCUUCUAGCACAAAUCGCGUUUUGUGGAAAUGACUACUCAGGUUCGUAUGUUAGUAUCAAUAAAGAAAUUGCACAGGUUUGAAUAGGAAGAGUAAGUUCCAUAGACGAUUGACAGUUUGAAUUUAGGAAUAUCUCAGUAUAUAUAGUUUUUGUUCAUUUUAAGUGAAUCAUAGUAAAACCAGUCAUGAUUGAAAUAGCUAUCAAGGACACGUUCUUGGAAGUGAUUGUCGUAUCUAUACUAGGAAGCAAUUUUACAGUAUUAAAUUACUUAAUUACAGUUUUAGGAGCGAGUUACACUGGAUUCUCCCUGCUUAGCAUUCUGUAUCUGCUUUUAGCUGAGAUGUCACCAAAGUUAGGAGUCGAGAUUUAAACUUUCAAACAUCUCAUAAAGAGGGAGAGGAGAAUUAAGGAGAAUGUCCUGAAAUUACAGGUCUCACAGAGGAUAGCGUAUUUCGAAGCAUGCCUUUGGGUUAGUAGAAAAGCCUCCAUAAAACGUUAAUCUGCCCUAAUUUCUCUUACAUUCAGCUAUGGAGGAGCGAGUUGACUCUCCCCUCCGGUUCCAGCACCGUCCACGGGACGUGGAGCUGUCACUUGUAGUUUGCUGAGGACGUGCUGUCACUGGGGACAGGGACAGAUCAGAACCUCCCGCGUUCCAGAGACAGAGCCCAGGACUCCAGCUCCAGAGUGGCAGAACGCAGGGCCACCGCGGGCACUAGCCUGGUGCAGUGCCGAGGCUCAGGCACAGUUCCAAGCAGGUUGAGAACCCAGGUGGUUCUGAGGCAGAAUGCACAGAAAGACUUCUCGCUAACAGACUUUAAUUUUAAAUAUGCCAUCUAGAGAGAGGAGCUGGGUUUUGAGGUCAUAUUCUCUCGUCAUCCUUAGUCUUAGGAGAAGACUGUGCCCAGCAUAACCCGGCUGGGAAUGCACUAACCUAGCUGAGCAGCCCAGCGGCCGCAGGCCUCUUCCAAGGUGCUCCAGCCGUAGGGCUUGCUCUGAGCCAGCAGCCGGCCAGCCACACCCUCUCCUCCUGCCCUGUGGGGUUGACAGCUGGCCUCCCUGCUGCAGGUAAUCUGUCUCCCAUCCUCUCAUUGCCGGACAGAGGCUGUGAGCAGUACAGGAAGCAGGCAGGUGAGCCUCCCCUCCACCCCUCCCAGGUUCCUAGACGGACGAGAAACUACGGAGAGCAGCAGGAAAUCCAGCUACUGUAUUCAGUCCCAACACUGAGCAAAGGGCAGCCUGAGGGCAGGCCCAUGGGCCCACUGGCCCCUGGCCCGCUGCACCCCAGCAGGAGCCAGCAUGGCCACAGCUGCUCCGCCUACCCGCCAAGUCCCUGUCCCUGCUAAAAGCGGUCAGGAGCUGCGAGGUUGCAGGAACAGGGCAGACCAGGGGCUGCUGUACCAGGGCCUCUUGUCCCCGAGCAGGGUCCUCCCUUCUGCCCUGUCCCUCACCCCCAGCACUUCUUCCCAAGUGUCUUAAGCAGGUGGGAGUGCAGUCGCCGUUAGGGACGCAAAGGUCACGUGGUCACUGUAAUUAGCACUCGGGAAGGGCAUCCCCCGGAAGUGUGCUCUCGUGCUACAAGGAUGCUUACCCUGAAA